UCGGCUCCCUCGUCACGUGCUCAAUCAGCUGUUUUCCCCUCCAGACGCGCGCCUGACCGGGGUGUGUGUUUACGUUCGCUCUGAAUUCUGAGCAGUGGCAGGCGGAAGAGCUGCAUGAACUGUUCAGGAGGACUAACGGCCCACUGGAGUGCAGGAGACGUGCGAAGCUGUCGGUCACAGUGCUGUUUCCCAAGCCCCACAAAGUUCACUGAAGAGUUUCCAUUCCUCAUUACCAAGCUUUCAAGGCACCUUCCGUCAGACGGAGAACAGCUUUAAUUGCUUUGAAAUGUGAGUGUGUGAAAUUUCUGCUAAAGGAAGGUCGAUGUCAGCAAGAAGGCCAUUGUCUUGACGUCUUCUGUUCACUGUCGACAUGCAGCACCCCAACUUUGAGACCAGGCACCCGCUUCAAGUCGACGAGCACGAGACGGGCUUUGACCCCCUGCAGAACUUCAACAGAAGCCGAGGACAUGCAGCACUGGCGGGUCGUGGGAACUUCUCUGAGACGGAGAACACUUUCCUUUCAUACAGAAAAGAAUGGGACGACUUGUUUUUAAACAGUAACUAUCUGGCACGCAUCAGGCAAGCCGGGAUUAACGGGAGGUUGCGGAGCAGCAGGUUCAGAAGUGUGUGUUGGAAGCUUUAUCUGGAUGCCCUUCCUGAGGAUAAAAGUCAAUGGAUCAACAAGACCAAGGAGCUCCGGGCUCAGUAUGAGAAGAUUAAAGAAACGCACAUAACGAAUCCACGUAAAGCUGCUGGACAGCAGGACCUUGUGGUGAACAACCCUUUGUCACAGGAUGAAGGUAGCCUGUGGAACAAAUUCUUCCAAGAUAAAGAGCUUAGAGGGAUGAUCAAGCAAGAUGUGCUGAGGACGUUUCCGGAGAUGCAGUACUUUCAACAGGAAGACGUGAGAACGAAGCUGACGGACAUCCUGUUCUGCUACGCUCGAGAAAACGAGCAGCUGCUCUAUAAGCAGGGUAUGCAUGAACUUCUGGCGCCCAUAGUGUUCAUUCUACAUUGUGAUCACCAGGCCUUCCAGCAUGCCAGCGAAACCGCCUGUCCGAGUGAAGAGAUGAAGUCCCUAUUAAACCCAGAGUUCCACGAGCACGACGCAUAUGCCAUGUUCUCCCAGCUCAUGGAGACUGCAGAACCGUGGUUUUCCAGUUUUGAGCGAGAAGUUCGCAAGGGUAAAGAGGAGAUGAUGACAAGCAUUCCCUUUGCUAGGCCACAAGAUGCUGGCCCCUCUGUCGCCAUAGUGACCAAAGUGAACCGCAUCCAGGACCAGCUGCUGAAGAAGCAUGACAUUGAGCUAUACAUGCAUCUCAACCGCCUAGAGAUAGCCCCUCAGAUCUACGGAAUCCGGUGGGUACGCCUGCUUUUCGGGAGGGAGUUUCCCCUGCAGGACCUCCUGGUGGUGUGGGAUGCCCUGUUUGCUGACAGCAUCACCCUGGACCUAGUGGACUACGUUUUUGUGGCCAUGCUGCUAUACAUCCGCGAUGCCUUGAUCGCCAGUAACUUCCAGACCUGCCUGGGACUCCUCAUGCACUACCCCCCAAUCGGUGACAUCCACGCCCUGCUCAACAAAGCGCUCUUUCUGAGGGACCCCAAGAACCACCCCAGACCUGGUAACUACCAGUUUCAGCAGAAUCUGGACUACUACAAGACCCGCGGUGCUGAUCUCAUGAACAAAACCCGGGCGAGUGCCAAAUCAGCCCCUCUCAACAUCAAUAAGGUGUCCAACAGUCUGUUGAACUUUGGGAGGAAGCUCAUCGCUCCAGCAAUGUCGCCCAACUCCAGCAACAUCUCUCCCAUCAACAGCGAUGUGGCUUCAGGCCCUCACGUGGCACCGACGCACUCUGUGGCAGAGCCCCCGGCCAGCAGCACCCAGGCCCACGUGCACAUCCCCCCACACUCUCAGGCCCAGGCACAGCACCACCGCCUGCUGAAGUCCGAGAGCAUGCCCGUGCACUUGAGCAAAGAUGUAGGUUCAUGCGGAGGUACCCAGGUCACUGUUCCCGUCCAGGUUCUUGCUGACGUCCAAGGCCAAACUUCCAGGACUGUGAGCUCCUCCCCCAGCAUCGAGAGCCUGCCAGGGGGUCGUGACCACUCCACCUCCUCUCCUCCGCUGUCUGCCACCAAGAAGGACUCCUUCUUCACCAUCUCUCGCUCGCGUUCACAUAGCAAAACCAUGGGCAAAAAGGAGGCGGAGGAGGAUUUUGAGGCCCAGGUGUCCUUCCUGCAGGGCCAGAUCAACGACCUGGAGGCCAUGUGCAAGUACUGUGCCAAGAUGAUGAACAUGCACAUCGGGAAGAUCCAAGACGUAAUUCUGCAGGAGAAUCUGGACAAGGAAGACGAGGUCCUGGUGUCUCUGGCUGGACUUAAACAGAUCAAGGACAUUCUGAAGGGCUCCCUGCGCUUCAACCAGAGCCAGCUAGAAGCCGAGGAGAACGAGGAAAUCACCAUUGCCGACGAUCACUACUGCUCCACGGCCCAGAAAGGGGGGGCCCGCGUCGCUCGUAGGGACGCCGAGACGGACCGACCGGAGCCGCCACCUGCCCCCCAGGGUUCUUCGGCUUCCUCCCUCCUCUCCGAGGGGAGGAACUGGGAUGACUACAUCCUGAUCUCGCAGGAUGAAGACAUGCAGCAGACUGAGGCAGAAACCAAGAAGGGUGCAGCCCAAGCUCCUUCCCAUCCCCCCAAGUCCAGACGGGGGACCUCUAAGCAGGAGCAGGAAGUGGGCUGUCCGUUCCAUGACCCGCUCAUGAGCACAGCAUCUGGAUCCUCGAGCCCUGAUGAGGGCAGCACCCACAGCAAGGACUCCGAUUUUACCAUCGUCAAUCCCAUGGACCUGUGACGAGCGAUGCCGCUGUCUUAUCAGUGGAGAUGAGGUGCUCCCGCUGCGUCUUUGCACACCCGUAGCGAGUUCGAACUGGCUCCCAGCAGUCCUCUGUCCCUGUGGCCGAUGACCUCUGACUCCUGUCACACAAAGUUGUGCUUCUGCCCCGUUGCUUGAAUGGAGCUAAUUUCUGGUUCGUCUCCAUUCCGUUUCCGUGGCGGUUUUCCCCCUUGGGUCCCUGGAGAAUAUAUUCACAUUCAUUGGGGUUUCCUCUAUUUUUAUACAUUUUAAAUGGUUUGGAUUUAAAUGCAACGUCAGUGAAGAAUGGUUUUUUAAACUAUUUUCUUUAAUCUAGCACUUGUUUUCUUCCCCGGUUGCUGCUAUAAACAUUGUAGAAGUGCACAAAAAACAGUUGUGACAAAUGAAAAACUGUAUACAUGUUCAUCCUGAUAGUUACGUCUUUCAGGUAUACGUUACAUUACAAGAGAACUCGGCGGGUGUAAUUCACUCUUUACCGGUGUAACGAUUGUGUGAAUGGACAGGCGGACACAGCGGGAGUCAUCCUGGUCACUAGAGGGAGCAGAUCAUCUUUGUCAUUGAUCCUCACUCAGUCAAAGAUUUCAAGGCUGUUUGAAGCACUAUCUCUGUUAUCUGGUCGGUUUGGGAGCGCGGUGUUGUGGCGAGCGCCGUGCCAACAUGCAGCGUGUGUUGAGCGAGUGUUUCCAUCUGCCGCAUCCCGUUAAAUCCAUCUCGGUCCUUACCUUGUUCCCAAACGGCUUCCCGUCCGCAUGGUAAAUGCUGGUAGGAGGUUGGUGGUACCCGUGGACGAAUGCUUUGCGGAAGGCACGUCCAUCUCCGUGAAAAUGAUGAGUUCAAGAGACGCGGAAGUGAGAAGCUUCCUAGACGUCUCUGUCCAGAAGGAACAAGGUUCCGACUUUUUAAAGGACGCACGCGACUGAGAGCGCCACUGAGCCGUCUGUCGUUUUUGUUUAUUUGCGCGCCCUGUCGAUGUGUGGCCGGUCUGUAGCCUAGGACUCUACGUAAGAAUGUUAGACUAAUGAUGCGACGAUGUACGGCUGCUGCCCUGUACAGCCACAACCCCCCGGGGAGCAACGAGAGUUAAAACAGAUUACUACGGUUGUGGUCAUGAAUCGUUUUGACAGGAUUUUAAGGGCGGACAGGAGGAGAUCCUGCUGGUGGAGUCGCCAGUGUCACAAAAAAAGGACCCGCUCUUUCAUUCACGAGUCCGGUCACAGUGGCGCUGCCUGACCUGGGGCUUCUGGCCUGUACCUCACGGUUGGCUUUUUCAAACUAAAAUAGAGGGGGGGGACAGCAUUUAAAUACUCGUGGGGGAGCAGGCGGAGGCUUCCAGUGACUUUCAGGCUUUUCCAUUGUUCUGUGGGUUGUGCCUUAACACAGACUUCACGAUCGCUGCUUGUGAACUGACCGCAGGAUGUUUUUUCGAGUUACUCGUUGCCAAAAUGUUACCUCAUUUGCCUUGACCACACCCACUUCUCUGGUCCCGCCCAUCUGCUGCGACACUAACGGUCUCCUUGAUGGAUCUCCACAUGUGAACCCGCAGCAUGUCGCACCCGUAGCCCCUUAGCUUCCCGUGGAGAAACGUUCCACCGUGACGUCACUAUGUGAUGUUCAUCGCUUAAUUAUUUUUCUUGUUUGUCAUCUGUGAAAUGAAUGCAAUUCAACGUUCAAAACUUCUAAACAUUUUUGCAGAUGAAUGAAAUGUAUCGGUGCGUGUCUAUUGCUGUUGUAAAGUUAUCUAGCAGACACCUCCUCCCAGGGUAAAUUAUGCUUCAUGUUAAGUUUGCACAUUGAUGCAGAUUUUUAGAGAAAUACGAAUGAAAGCUGUUGUACAAAACUACGCUGUACGCACACACAGACAUGUAAACAAGCAUGUGUAUGUAUAUAUGUAUGUAUGUCACUUUUGCUUGUGAUGGAGAACAGAAGGCGGAACGACAGUCCCUCUUGCGGUAAAUGUUUCUGUGCAGAAUCCCCCUGCUCCAGCCCACCCCACCCCACCCCACCCCA